AUGUCUUUAAAUUAUAUCAAGAACUUCUAUGAAGGAUGUCUCAGACCUCCCACGGUGAUUGGUCAGUUCCAUACCCUUUUCUUUGGUUCUGUGCGAAUGUUUUUCCUUGGUGUCCUGGGUUUUGCUGUUUACGGAAAUGAGGCCUUACAUUUCAGCUGUGAACCUGACAAAAGGGAGGUGAACCUCUUCUGUUAUAACCAGUUUCGACCGAUAACUCCUCAGGUAUUUUGGGCACUUCAGCUGGUGACAGUACUGGUUCCAGGGGCAGUGUUCCAUCUCUACGCAGCCUGCAAGAGUAUCGACCAAGAAGACAUUCUUCAGAAGCCUGUUUAUACAGUGUUCUACAUUAUCUCAGUACUGUUGAGAAUUACAUUGGAAGUAGUGGCCUUUUGGUUACAAUCUCAUCUAUUUGGCUUCCAAGUGAAUCCAAUUUUUAAAUGUGAUGCAGGAAGCCUAGAUAAAAAAUACAAUUUCACCAGGUGCAUGGUUCCUGAACACUUUGAAAAAACAAUCUUUCUCAUUGCUAUGUAUACUUUUACUGUGAUUACGAUAGUAUUAUGUGUAGCUGAAAUCUUUGAGAUACUAUGCAGGCGUUUAGGAUUUCUAAACACUCAGUGA